GGGAAGAAGUUCUUGCUUUUGGUGCAGCUAGCAGCAGAUUUCAUUAGAGAGAGAGAGAUAGAAGAGAUGGGAAGCAGUUAUUAUGGAGAACCAAGCUUGGGAAAUGGAAGAGCUGGUGGGUCUAAUUCAAGGAAAGGAAAGAAGAGCAACAAUUCAGAUAAGCCAAAGCAACCACAGAGAGGACUUGGAGUUGCUCAGUUAGAGAAGAUCAGAUUACACAAUCAAAUGAGUUGCAACUAUCUUCCUAAUUCCCUUCACAAUCCCUACCACACCACUCUCAACCAGGAAGAGGAAGUGACAAGGUUGGGAAACACAUAUUCCUCAGUACCAUCAUCAUCAUCUUUCUCUUGUUAUUCUUCAUCAUCAGCAGUACCUUUUGGCUUUCACCCAAACAUCAUGAUGGGUAUGGGGGAGAUGGAAGCUACGGAUUUCAGAUAUGGUGAUUCACAGUCUAAUAUUACAACAAGAUGGAACAACAACAGUGGUGGUAUCUCAGAGACUCAAUACUCCAUGAACCCUACUGAGACUAGACACCUUCUGGGUCUAAAUGUAAAGGAUUCAGUGGAAAAGAAGAGAAUUAGAAAAGACAGGUGUGAUUCAAUUGGGUCAAGCAGUCAGUAUUCAGAUUCAUGUGAUGUAGGGGAACUAGAUCUAGAGCUCAAAUUAUAGCAAGUUCCCUCAUAUCAUGAUCUGCCAUAUUAAUGUUCAAUAAAAAUGAAAAGGGUUUCAAUGUAUCCCAGUUUUUAUGAUGUUAUCAAUGGUGGACAGUUCAACAUAUAUGGAUGACCAGUUGUAGUUUUUAAAGACUGAUCACUAGUUGUUGA